AUGCCUUCGUGGAGGAGAGAGCGGAAGCGCGAUGCCGCGUGCUGCGACAACGACGCCCUCUUCGCGAGCGCCGCUCCAGCGUCACUCUCUCCGAGGGCGGCUUCACACGGGGCUGGCGCUUCCACACACGACGCGCCUGACAGCCCUGCCCAAGCGCCGCAUCGUUUCGUUUCGACAGUUUGUUGUCCGCGGCGGACUUGGUCCGCUUCAGACGGCCGCGCGGCGGUCUCGCUGGCGGGUCGCGCCCUCGGAGAUGCCGCCGGAAUCGACGCGGGAGCAGAGUCUCGCCACGACGCCAGGCCCGCGGGCCGGACUGAAGCAGACAGGGCGAGUUCGGAGCGACCCGCGCCACAGGCCAGCACGUCAACAGGGGUUGCCCGCGAGGCCCUGGAGGCGAGAUUCGGGGGCGGGUCGACCGGCACGCUUCCGCGCCGACAGGCACUCGGGGUGAGUCGCCUCAUCAGGGGCCCCGGGGCGACGGUCGCGGCAGGUCGGACCGCCGGAAACCUGCCCGGGGGGCGAGGGCGUCUUCAGGCGCCGACGCCCGUGUCGAGCCGCGGCUCGAGUCUGAGAAGCCGCAGAGCUGGCGCGGGGGGCCGUGUGCCGCCGGCGAGCGGGGGCCUGAGCAAAAGACGCCACAAAGAGGAGGCGCUAGGGGAGGCGACAACGAACGUCACGACGCAAAGAGUCGGCCGCGGAGACCCCGCAGCUCCGCCAGCGGCAAGCGGCGAACAGCGUGGACGGAAGAGCCCCCGGUUUCGAAGAGUGGACGUGCGAGCUGCGCGUGCAGGUGCGAAAGCCGUCACGGAGCUUGACGCGCGGAUCGCUUCAGAGGCGGACGCAAAGAGUGAGCGCGCGGCGCUGUCGUGCUGCGCGGGUCAGACGGCCAAGGCCAAGAGUCCACGCGCGCUGGAGACGCGACCCCCUCUGUGCGACUUUGGCUGGCACGCGGGAGAACGGAAGCGCCGAAAGACGCGCGAUGCCUCGCAGACUCGCGGCAGUGAAGUCGCCUUCGUAGCACCGGCGGCGCCUGGCGGAAGCCCCGACGCCACUUCUGCUGAGUGCAGAAGCAAGCGGCUGCCAGGCGGUGGAGCUGUUUUGCUGGUGUGUGCGUCUUCAUGCGCGCGGCGCGAGGCGCCCGACUUUGGGGGGCCGUCUGCGCAGUCGAGUCCAAUGGGAACCGCUUCGAAAGAACGCGACCUCGAGGCGCCUACGACUUCGGAGGUCGGUGCAACGCGGGAACCCUCCGUUAUCUCAGAUACGUGGAGUCUGGCGUCGGACUCGAGCUGUUCAAAGCGUCUGCCGUCGCAGCGACCUGCGGGGGAAGCCGACUCAGCUGACCAGGCACCGCCUGCGCCUGUGGCGGGCAGCUCGUCCUCCAGCGCGCUGUGGGAGCGGCAUCCGCUCGCAGGCCCCUGGCUUCUGCAUCUGCGCCACCGAGACUCUGGGGCGCAUGCGGCCGCAGCUGCCCCUCGCCUCGACCUAGCUGCGGGAGGCAGCGGCAGCUGCAGGCCGGACAUUGGAAGCAGCAGCGUGCCUUCUGUCUGUUCGGGCAACGGCCGCAGCGAACCCUCUCGAGGACUGCCAGUGGCGGAGGCGUGUGCGCGCUCGAGGCGGCUCAGCGGGGCGGAAAACUCGACAGCACGAGCGAGCACGCUGCUUGGAGGGGCCGGGGUUGCACAAGGCACUGCGCUGAUCACGUUGGCGGUCGAUCCGAGCGUCGCCCACCGCAGCGUUGGCAAAGGACGCGCUUGCGAGGCCUCUGCUCGGAGGCAAGCCUCCUGCGAGGCGCCCCGCGGAGGAAGCACAGCCUUGAGCGGACGGCGAGGGAGCUACAGCAGCUUGACGGCAGCGCGAAAGCUGUGCAGCCCUUCGCAAGCAGCUCCACAAACCACGGCGCAGAGAUAG